AAAAAUCAGUUUUCCAACAACAGAGAGAAACAGAGAGGGGUUAUGUGGGUGUAUGAUGAGCUUCUGACUUAUUAAUGGCAAUGGCUUCUAAGAAAGUUUACAUAGAAGAGGAGGAUAAUGUGGCUUCCAUGGUAUGCAGUUUUAUCGCUGAUCUUAGCAGAAAGACUGUGCAAGAGAAAGGGGCAUUUUAUAUUGGCGUGUCGGGUGGUAGUGCUGCUAAAAUUUUUUGCAAUGGUCUUUCAGCUAUCAGCGAUUUGCAGUGGGACAAAUGGCAUAUCUAUUUUUGUGACGAACGAGUUGUAGACUUCAAUAAUGCGGAUAGCACAUAUAAAUUCUAUAAGGAGAAUCUUAUUGGCAAAGUUAACCUACCGGAAUCACAACUGUAUGCAAUUGAUCCAUCUUUGGAUUUAGAGGAUAUAGCCAUAGAUUAUGCUAAGAAGAUUGACGCUAUACCAAAGGACAAACAUGGACUACCGGUCUUUGAUUUGCUUAUACUAGGAAUGGGUCCAGAUGGGCACACAUGUUCAUUAUUUCCUGACCAUAAGCUCCUUGAGGAGAAGAAUUUGACAGUAGCAUCAAUUAGUGAUUCACCAAAACCACCACAGUGCAGGAUCACUUUAACAUUCCCAGUCAUCAAUGUGUCAAAGAGUGCGCUCUUUAUCUCAAUGGGUGCAAGCAAAGCAGAAAUGGUGGCAAGGAUACUGGAAGGAAAUGAAAGCAAUCCACUGCCAGCAGCCAGGGUGCAACUGAAAAAUGGUUUAGUUCACUGGUUUUUAGAUAAAGCAGCUUCAGCAUCUUUGAAAGGAAAAUAUUAGAUAUUGCUUUUCAAUACUGUACAUCCCUUUUUAAAUAAAGUUCAUUUUGAGAAAAGUCCAUUUAAAAAUGUCUUAAUAUUGUAAUUUUGUAUUUAGUACUGUAUUAUUUUCUCUUCUAUUAUAUUUUGAUAUUUUGUAUUACUAUGUAGUGUAGAAGAGUCAUGUAAUAAAUAUGAUUCUUUUCUCAAAAUAUAUGUUUGAAAGGAAAUGUAAAUAUACAGAUUAUAAGAUUAUGAAUUCUGAGUUCUAACUAUAUAUAUAGUCUGUGUCAUUUAAUGUUACUGUACCUACAGGAUGUUUCACCUCUGUAAUAAUACCCCUGAUAUUGUAUUAACUUAAAUAUUAAUGAAUGUUGUAUUCUGUACAACAGAAAUUUGUGAUUUUUUUUAGUAAUAAAAAUCCUAUUUCAAGUGAUCUAUUACCAGUACACA